AUCACAGAUCGAAUUGCAAUGGAAGUCGUUAAUGUUUAUAAGUGGAAAACAACGAGUGUUUGUUUAUCACCAUCGAUUUACCUGCAAUACAGUGAUUAUUCCUUAGAUGUGUGCUUUGAUGAAACUAAAGUGAUACAACCCCAGAUGUUGUAUAUGUAUAAUGACUUGGGCAGCAUCAAAUCAAAGGGAAGCAACCCCUGCGUAUUAUGAUGACUUCGACAGCCAAUAAUCAAAGAGAAUCAACUCCUGCUAAUUUUCAUGCCUUGGGUGGCCAACUAAUCGAAGAGAAAAAUAACUGCUUAUUAUACCAACAUCAGCAAAGAACUAAUCAAAGGGAAACAACCCCAUCUGAUGUAUGAGAACUUGGACAGCCAACUAAUGAAAGGGAAACAACUCUUAACUGAUGUAGGACGUCAAUGACAGCCAACUAAUCAAAGGGAAACAACUCUUAACUGAUAUAGGACCUCAAGGACAGCCAACUAAUCAAAGGGAAACAACUCUUAACUGAUGUAGGACGUCAAGGACAGCCAACUAAUCAAAGGGAAACAACUCUUAACUGAUAUAGGACCCCAAGGACAGCCAACUAAUCAAAGGGAAACAACUCUUAACAACGCCAUCUGUUUAAAGGUAUCUCUGUGUUAACACCAAUAACCUACUGAGAGGCCAGCUAAUGUUUGUUUGGACUUUGACAAUUAAAGGGAUGUAACUCGAGCUUAUGGAAGCCUUCCGAUAACAGCUUGUAGAGUUUUAGGACAAACUGCAGCCAAUAUAAAUACUUAACAAAAUGCAAGAUAAACAGCAAAACUAAAUUUCACUUCAACAUAUUUUUUGUGCUUAUAUCCAAUUAUGGUUCAAGCACGCUGUCUUGGGCACACACCUCAGCUAUCUGGGUUGUGGGUUAGUUGUUAGUUUGUCAGUGGUUAGAGAGAAAGAAGAGGGUGUAGUGGCCUUACACCUACCCAUUGAGCCUUUAAGAACUUGCUCUGGGUUGGAGCCGGCACCGGGCUGGGCUGGGCUGAGAACCCUGGUACCUACCAGUCUGCAGUCCGAUGGCUUAACCACUGCGCCACUGAGGCCGGUAACUAUAUCAUGGGCACACACCUCAGCUAUCUGGGCUGUCUGUCCAGGACAGGGAGUUCGUUGUUAGUGAUUAGUGAGAAGUGAUUUGCAAGACAUUUCCUGAACAUGUAACAUGGAAAUGAAGGGUGCAGAUUUCCCAGCAUUGCCUCAUGGUAAUUUGGUAUCUGUAAAAAGAAGAAAGAUGUAUGCUGUUAAACAUCAAUUCUGACCAUGGGUUGGCAGUUAGCUCUGACAUCGACCAGACAAUGGACCAGCUAGACACCUUUAUUGACAUCCUGACAGCAAAAACUCUGUAUGCACAGAGAUUUCAGACCCCAUCAGGACCCAUGCCAGUUGGGACAAUCAUAAAACCUCAACCCAGCUUGGGACAGGAUGGAGAAUCUCCAAAGUACAUCUCGGUUCACCAUGCCAACAAAGAACUUGCAUCGUCUGCACAUCACACAGGCGAACCGCUAUCUGAUUCGGUUCACCAUGUCAACAAAGAACUUGCAUCUUCUGCACAUCACACAGGUGAAUCAUCAUCUGAUUCUUCUCGGUACAGAGUCCAGCAAUCCAGUUCUUCUUCCACCUGUACAAAACUGAGACCUGCACUCACUGCCUCACACUCAGCUCUGAACACUGUUUCUUCUGUUUACCACCCUGAGCUGCAAUCAUUGUUUUCUUCUCACAGUGCCAAUCUGAAACGUUCACCGUCUGAUAGGCGGUCGGAUCAGUAUCCUGUUUCCAUUGGUCAUCUCACAAAGCUGGCACCACAAUCAAGUUGUCUACCUCAAACGGCUAAUCCCAGUGUGCUGAAACAAUUUUGUUACAGAAAUACUGUUCCAAGAACAACCUGUCCAGCUCCACAAAAUGUUACAUCUGUGGAACCAUCAGCAUAUUCGAAAAACAAUUUCAGUCAACGCACUGGACAGGGUUUAGUCAUUGACACAGCAGAUUUAUCAAAAGGAAAUCAAGGUGACGGACAUGGGUUAGUUAAUCAGACAUCAGGAUCGUCACAGUAUAUAUUAGAUUUAACUAGAAGUGAGAGUGAGAGGCCAGUUGGCACACAUAGUAAAGAUGUGGACUACACAUCAAGGAAUUCAGACUGUGUUCGUGCUGCAGAGCAAACUUCAUGUAACUCACAUGAGUCCAGCAAUAUGUUGCUUCGUGCUGCUGCCUCCACGACUUGCACAUCAGGUGCCUCACAUUACAGAACCAGUAGCACUGUGGGUGAUGGACAGAUGCCCGUGGAAAAACAGUAUUCUGGUUCAGAAAGGCUUGUUACAUGUGGAAAUCAAGCACCUAAGCAAAUGCACUCUUCUUACACUGUAUCAAACUUGGUUCGAAGUGAUGAACAAACAUCUGCUAAUGCAAUGACUUCUAACUGUGCACCAGAAGUGUUGAAUUCUAAUAAUGUACGAAAUGUACAUGUGUCUACACAAACGGGCAGUUUGUGUGUUGAUAAAAACCAUGGUAGUAUUAAUAAUAAGCAUCAUUCUGCUGGGAAGCUGGGGUAUUUGCAUUCUAGCACAGAUUUGUCCAAAUAUAGGAAGUUAACCUCCAAACAAUUAGACUAUGAAAGAAAAGUACUAAGAAAAGACUUGUGUGUGGUUGAUAGGUCACAAACAGCUAGUAGGCCCGUUGUAUCCAAAGAGAUUGGUUCUAUACAUUGUCUGUCAGGUAUGCCUGGUGGAUAUUCUAAUUCACGUGAAUCGGCCGUUGCAGAUCCUCCAAAAGAAAAGGAUGUACUCAGAAGGACUACAACUACAGACAAAAACAGAAAACAAGUUAUACAUGUUGAAAGUGCAGGAAAGCAACUGGAUCGGGGCCGUGCAAGCUCGGUUAUUAUCUGUCCAACUGCUAUAAAGAAAGGGAAAGUAGUUCCUCCAAAUGUGACAAAGAAUGUCGUUGAGAGGCCUCCUCAUCUGCAAGGACCUUUAGCUCAGCUUAGCAUGCGGCAGAUCAUACAGAAUGCGGCUCUUGGCCAGUACCAGAAAAAGGUUUUCAAUCCAGGGUUCAGUGUGGGUUCUUGUGACAGCUGUGCAAUAGAUCCUUUAUUAAUGAGACCGGCACAAAUCCAGGAGCAGUCGGUUUUGUAUAAUCGAUCCGUGAUUCAUUCUUUACCCCAAAGCGAAAGGCCAUCGCAUACCAACACUGAUUAUUUGUCACCUUCACCUUUAGCCUUGCAUGUACCUUGGUCAUCACUGCACAGCGGUUCGUUUGAUAAGGGAAGCAGUCGUGUAGAGAUGGCAAGGACACCCUCAGCCAUAGCGUUACAGGAAGCACAGUUACGGCUAUACAGAGGUUUACCCGACGAGGGCUUCCUAGAUAGGCUCAACCCUAGUGGAACUAAUCUAAUGCUAGAAGAACAGCUACAGCUGCACAGAGAUGUGCCUGAUGUUGGCAGCUCUGGUGGAUCACAUUCACUAGUCAGUAUAGAACAUGUGCGCCCAUUAGCACCUGUACAGGAUCUACAGUCGUCUGCUCAUAGCAGUGUGUCUACUAAAACUGGGGCACAUCUGACCAGGUUGGUAAAUGCUGAUUUGGUUCGCCCAUCGCCGAUCUUAGCCACGCCAGAAUCUCAGGUAUUGCUUCCUGUACCUCAUCCUGAGAACAGUGGAGCAUUUCUACCAAGGCUGGCUUCGCGGAACUUUGAAAACGAACAGAUUCUGAUGUCCCCGCCAUACAGACCAUUUUCUGUGUCUUCUUUUAUGAGCUUUGAUGCACACAUGGAACAUUCGCCACAGGUUACGUACAAUGAUUUACAGAUGAGCAUCUUCGGAGAAAGGCUUGACCCUUUUUUGGAGCAGUUCUUUGUGGACCAUUACAAUGAAUGUAACAGUGUUGUGAUGGCAACUCAUGGGGCAAAUACAAAGUCUGGAACAUGUGAUGUAAGUGCAUCUGCUAAGUCUGCCAAUAAGUGCACUAGAGUGGUGAAUACCGAAGAUUACCACCCAGCUGGUGAGUCUGUAGAUUUAGACAGUUCCAGUGAUCAGCCUGUCUGUAAGGAGUUACAGCCUGCAACAUUACCUCAUGUAGAGAAUGAAACAUCAGAUUACCACCCAGCUGGUGAGUCUGUAGAUUUAAACAGUUCCAGUGAUCAGCCUGUCUGUAAGGAGUUACAGCCUCCAACAUUACCUCGUGUAGAGAAUGAAACAUCAGAAAAAAGGUCACAGGAGAGUUCUAGUGCAUCCAUCAAGUCAAGUGAGAGUGAUUUACCCAUGUCAACAAAUUCUAAAAAUCAAUCAGAAUUUGUGGACAGGGGGACAUCAGAACUGACCCAGAGUAGAGAAAGAUUUUGUAAUAUUAGUGGUGCUCCAGUUGUUCGGGAGGUUUCUCUGGGUGUAGCUGAACGAACUGAGAAACCAGAUGAUAUAAUUAUAACCCAGACACCUGAGAAUCACAGCGUGUCUGGAGCUGAUAAUACGUCAUCUAUUCUUGAUUCUUUGUUGAAUGCCGAUUCUGAUAAAGAUGCCUACAAAUGUAGCCAUUGUCCAAAAACGUUCAAAAAUGAGUCUUCUCUGAGGAGUCACGAGGUGUCACAUUCAGCAGAAAAACGUCACAGAUGUGUCAGCUGUUUCAGAAGUUACAAGGAUUCCAGCUCCCUCAAAAGACACACGCGAGUUCACUCUGGGAAACGUGACCACAAAUGUAUUGUGUGUGGGAAGUCGUUCUUCGAUUCGUAUGCACUGGAUAGCCAUGUCCGGGUGCACACUAAAGAGAAGAGUCACGAGUGUUCCCAGUGUGGGAAAUGUUUCUCUCAUGCCAGUCAGCUGCAGGUUCAUACAUCGUGCCACACCGGACUUCGGCCUCAUCAGUGUGGUACGUGUGGAAAACAGUUCAGCAAGUCGAGCAAGCUUCAAGUCCACCAGCGAUCACACACGGGGGAGAAACCAUUCUCCUGUGAAGUCUGCUCAAAGGCGUUCACGGUCUCAAGCAAUCUGAAAGCUCACAUGCGAACCCACACCGGACCAGCGACUCAACGAUGUAACAGUUGUAAGAAAGUGUUCUUCAAGAAGGAGGACUUCAGUCAUCACAUGAAAACACAUUGUAGUUUUAUUUCUUACAGUUGUAAUCUGUGUGACAAAAGAUUUCUUGAACUGUCGAAGCUGGAAGAUCAUUAUUCCACCCACACAGGAGAAACAUGCUUUGAGUGUUCCGUUUGUGAGAAAAGUUUUAAGAAAGUCCAUCAGUUGAUUUCCCAUCAAGCAGUUCAUAAGAAGCCAUCAUUUUCAUGUGAGGUUUGUCAAAAAGACUUCAGCUCUAAAGAUGCUCUUGCGCAUCAUAAGAAAGUGCAUCUAGAAAACUCGAAUCACAGCAAACUAGUGGCAAUAGAUAAAUCAAAAUCGAAAGAACAACAACACAAGUGUGAAAUAUGUGACAAAGUAUUUAUCAGGUUCGUACAUCUUCAGGAGCACCUUCACACUCACACUGGACAGAAACCAAAUAAAUGUACUUCAUGUGGUCAAGGAUUCUGCAGUCGCGGAGGACUCCGCAAACAUGUUAGGAAGUGUCAUAAAGAAAAGAGUCCUACUGUUAAGAGAACUACUCAAGGGUUAUGUAAACAUAUUUGUGAUUUGUGUGGCAAACAAUUUAAACAGCUUUGCCAUUUGAAGGUGCACAAGCGAAUUCAUUUUGGAGAGAAGCCAUAUUUAUGUGAAUAUUGUGGUAAACGAUUUCUCGAUUCAGGAAUUCGAAAUAGACACGUUAGGAUCCACACUGGAGAAAAGCCACAUCAGUGUUCUGUAUGCACAAAAUCAUUCAUAGAUUCGGGAAGUCUACAGAAACAUCUUGCGAUGCACACAAAACCUAAACAACAUAUAUGCAAGACUUGUGGGAAAGGAUUUAAUUUUCAGGGAGAUUUGAAAGUCCAUACACGGUCUCACUCGGGUGAAAAACCAUUUAAGUGUGAAUCUUGUGGAAAGGGUUUUGCCAAGUCGAGCAAGCUGGUUAUUCACAGACGAACACACAGUGGAGUCAAACCCUAUAGCUGUAAGGUUUGUAGCCGAUCGUUCAGUGUCUCCAGCAACCUGCACACACACCUGAAGACUCACACCAACUUGAAGACGUUCAGUUGUUCCACCUGCUCGAGAGUGCUGUACAGCAAACAGGGGCUCGACCAACACGUGAGAGAGGCACAUUCGUCCAUCUCGAUGAUUCGCUGUUCACAGUGCGACAAGCUGUUCACUGACGAAGAUCGUCUGAAAGAACACAUGUUCGUACACACUAAGCUUAAACCGUUUUCCUGCUCACAGUGCGAGAAGUCCUUCGUGAGACUUCACAGUCUUCAGCAGCAUGAGUCUCUUCAUUCCACGGAGAAAUCUCACCACUGCCAGAAAUGUAAUGCCUGUUUCCACAAGCAAGCAGAUCUGCAGAAGCAUAUGCGUAGUCACAGGAACGACUCCUCUCCAUGGUGUGAACAAUGUGACAUGUCUUUUCCAACGUCUAAGGAUCUUCAUGAACAUUUCUGUAGUGUCCACGCCAAAGCUGGUGAUUUCAAAUGCAGUCACUGCAGUAAGCAAUUCAGGCGCAGGGCAGACUUUGAUGUGCACACGAGAACGCACACGGGACUGAAGUUGUUCAAAUGUAACAUCUGUAACAGAGGAUUCUGUGGGAAAAGUGGUCUCAGAAAACACACCCUGGGGAAACACACCGUGCGUACAUCAAACUGAUUCGAAGAAGAUGAAGACAAUGAAGAAGAAGAAAACAACAACAAAAAAACCUCCACGACGAAACACUAUGUGUACAUUAAUCUGACCUAUAAUAACAAUAAUUAUAAUAACAACAACAAAAACCUCCACGACGAAACACACUAUGUGUACAUUAAACUGACCUAUUAUAAUAAUAAUUAUAAUAACAACAAAAAACCUCCACGACGAAACACACUGUGUACAUUAGUCUGACCUAUUAUAAUAACAAUGAUAACAACAACAAAAACCUCCACGACGAAACAUACUAUGUGUACAUUACACUUACCUAUUAUAAUAAUAACGAUAAUAACAAACCAAGAUUAGAACACAGUUGAAUUUCUAGUCCAAUGGGAGCUUCAUAUUUGGUCACGUGAAGUACAUUUAUAUCCCGAUAAAGUACUUCAGACAUUCACUUUAUAAGCGGUAUUGCUGCACGAGAUUUUGGCUCUGCUCUAAGACAGUUAGAGGACGAGAACAAUACUUUAUCGGCGUAUAAAGGUAAUGUCGCACGAGAAAACGCUCGGCUAACGCCUCGCCUUUGUCUCGUGCGACACUACCUUUAUACGCCGAUAAAGUAUU